AUGGGCUUUGCAGGGCUUGAAGAGAGAGCUCAGUUCCAGCCGGAACUCUCCGUCUUUGCACCUUGGGAUAAGUCCUUGCGAUACAAUGAAGAGCAGCCGCUCCAGAACAAACCUAUCUUCACCGCCUUAGCUACCGGUCCUACCACCUAUGCCUCGACAGCCGAGUCUGACCGUCAGAGCGUCUACUCGGAUGACACAGCCAGUGUAGCGGACUCUAUCUUCGAUAUCGCGUCUGUGGCCUCGUCGCAGUCCAGUUACGGCUCGUCGGCGUCAGACUCUUCUGAAGACAGUAGCGAUGGCGAGACUGGUCCAACUCCUCGCGUCCGUCAACCUUCAGCGAGAGAUGCUCAGCAGAAGCUCGAUGGCCACUCGGAGCUGCUCUCGGGUCUUGGCUCUGAGUCGCUGCCUCUAAGAUUCAAUUUGCACAAGGACGGCCCUCAGGAACCUAUCUCGAGUUACGCCGAGAACGUUCCUCAACCUCAAUCUCGAGCUCAACACCCAGCCUAUCAAACCAUCGAUCAGAAUAACCCGUCUCGACCACAGACAGCGUUCAAACAGCCGUUGCACAAUCUGCAGAAAACAAACAGAAGAAGAUCUAUCAACUCGGAAGCUCCUGCUGCGCCACCAUGUCGGCUCAAGCGCGACACCGACUCGGCAGACUGCUUUGUGAUGACACUCAUUACGUUUGCUGCCAGACUGAUCACCGCAAUCUGGCCACUGUCAGCCUGCCCACCCAUGAUGUCUAGCUGCUUCAAUGGUGCUGGCGUUCUCCCGCUUGAAGUAUUCAUUCAUGAGACGCUGCGCCGUUCCAAGACCAGCUACUCGACCUUGCAAGUCGCUUUAUGGUAUCUGAUGCUGCUGAAAUGUCAGAUGCCAAAGAACGACUUGACGAAAGAACCGGGACAGUCGUCGUGCCGUGCAAUGCAGUGCGGACGACGUAUGUUCUUGGCAGCGCUCAUGCUAGCUUCUAAAUACCUGCAAGAUCGCAACUACUCAACACGCGCUUGGAGCAAGAUCUCUGGUCUUCGAAUUUGCGAGAUCAACGAGAAUGAGAUGAAGUAUCUCGAAGCCAUCGACUACAGACUCCAUAUUACCAAGGAUGUUUUCGAUAACUGGAGUCGAAUCGUCCUCACUCUAAGCAAGCUGUCCAAGCUCAAGCCUGGCUGCCCUCUUGGCAGGGCGCAAAUAUCACCCCUCGGAUCUGGAGACUGGUCUGCGCUAAGUGCCAUGGUUGACGACAGCCCUGCGCUUAGGGAUGAAAAUGCCUUCUUCUCCGACAAAUGGUGGAACGGUGUGCUCGCAAGUCUUGACCCGCACCUGUGUGAUACAGAAGAAGGCUCGAAGCAGUUCUUGCGCCAGAGUCUGCCCGCAGUUGAUCUGUCCCAUCCCCUGCUCCGCCUGGAUCAGGGGAUGUCGCCAGCUUUCGACUCACCAGUGGACAAGGCACAGACUGCCUUUAGCAGCCCUGCUCUUCAAAGUCUGCACUCCGGCGCUUCGACCCCAGUCCAAGGUGCCGAAGGUCAUAUGCAGUCGCUUUCGUCUUUGCCGCUGCGACCUCAGCUGCGCAACUUGCCGACGCCCGUCUCCACUCCACGCGGGCCCGAAGGCUGCUACCCUACACCAUCGCAAAUGAAUCUGCGUUGUUCAGCAUCGGUUGAUGCUCUUCGCAGCGUUCGUAAACAGUGCUUUGCGAAUGCGAACCUGGAUCGAUGCCCACCUCCUCGACCUCAAUCUUACUGUGCGGCCCAAGGGUCGCGGAUGAGACCUGCUGCGUCCAUCCCAUUCCAGUCCCAGCAAACUCCGUCACCAUCGCUUUCUGAGGCAUCUGACACCAUUACCCCUACUGGCCGAUCUCGGUCCUCUUCUAUAUCUUCAAACUCAUCUUGGUCGUCCUCGCUCUCCAGUCAGCCGAUGAGCGCACCUUUCAAUCUCGAGAAGAUAAUCAACCAACCUCCACAACCCUCACCGCUCACUCGAGUGGUGUCGAUGCCGGAGACGAGAGUCCCUGUCUCGCGCAGCAUCAAUGGCCAUCCGCUUCGCCGGAAGCCACAGUUCUCGGACAUCGCAGCUGCGCGCACCAGCGCUGCGGCUGUGAAGUCGAGGACUGACUUUGGCACUGGCCAGGAUCUUGUGCAAGAGACCGAUGCUGCUGAAGCACUCCUGCGCCUCUGCGCCGGACGGCGCGAGAUGCAGCAGCAGAUUCUCAGUGCUACUCAGCAAGCUACCCAGCAGCACGAGAUCAGUCCAAGAGGACACAAGCGCAAUCUUUCCAACGCCACUGAGCCAAUUCAGGAUCAUGUUCGCCAACUUCUACAGCAGGAACGCGAUGGAGAUGAAAUCAUGAGCGAUUCUGCCUUGAAGAUCCACGACCCCUCUGAUGAGCUCGAAAAGAAAUGGCAAGCACCUACAAAGACCUGGGCGCUACAUAAGAAACCGGUCACGACCAUCGACCACAAGCGUAUGGCACUCUACUGUGCCCCUCACGCUCAGCUCUCUGCGCCAGAGCUAACGGCUCUGAAGCUGAAAGAGCAGCUGGUCUCAGUCUAG